AUGGUGUUAGCAAAGAGAUUUGUACAUCUCCAUAGUGCACUAAGAUCUUAUAGAAGAUACUCUACUAAAUACCCAGAUCUGUUGAAACAAGAUUUACUGCCAACUGGUGAACCAGAUUAUGUUCGUUUGAUUUUAACUUCCAGAGUCUAUGAUGUUGUUGAUGAGACUCCAGUAUCACAUGCGGUUUCAUUGUCACAUAAGACAGGCUCCAAUGUCUAUUUGAAAAGGGAAGAUCUUCUACCAGUCUUUAGUUUCAAACUUCGUGGUGCUUACAACAUGAUAGCUAAAUUAGAUCCAACAAGAAAAUCAAAAGGUGUUAUUGCUUGUUCAGCCGGUAACCAUGCUCAAGGUGUUGCAUUUUCUGCUAAAAACUUGGGUAUCCCAGCUACCAUUGUUAUGCCAACGGCUACACCAAGCAUCAAAUAUCAAAAUGUCUCAAGAUUAGGUGCUCAGGUUGUCCUAUAUGGUGAUGACUUUGAUUCUGCUAAAAGUGAAUGUACUAGAUUAUCAGAGAAAAAUGGCCUAACAAAUAUUCCACCAUUUGAUCAUCCUUAUGUUAUUGCUGGUCAAGGUACAAUCGCAAUGGAACUUCUUCGUCAAACUAAUGGUGAAAAAAUCACUGCCGUCUUUUGUGCUGUUGGUGGUGGUGGUUUGAUUUCGGGUAUUGGUGCCUACUUGAAAAGAAUUGCUCCUCAUAUUAAAAUCAUUGGUGUUGAAACUCAUGACGCUGAUGCAUUGUAUCAAUCGCUUCAAGCCAAAAAAAGAGUCCAGUUGGACACUGUAGGAUCAUUUGCUGAUGGUACAGCUGUUAAAAUCAUCGGAGAAGAAACUUUCAGAGUUUGUGAAGAAGUUGUCGAUGAAGUUGUUAAGGUCGAUACCGAUGAAAUCUGUGCUGCUAUUAAGGACGUGUUUGAAGAUACUCGUUCAAUUGUUGAACCUUCAGGUGCCAUGACUGUUGCUGGUAUGAAACGUUAUAUUGUUGACCAUCCAGAAUUAGAUCAUACCAAGUCAACUUAUAUUCCUGUUUUGUCUGGUGCAAAUAUGAACUUUGAUAGAUUAAGAUUUGUUUCAGAAAGAGCAGUGUUAGGUGAAGGUAAAGAAGUUUUUAUGCUGAUUUCAAUCCCUGAUGUUCCUGGCUCUUUCCAAAAGCUUCAAAAUAUCAUUCACCCAAGAACUGUCACUGAGUUCUCAUAUAGAUACAAUGAAAACCAAGAAACUGACAGAUCAACUGUUCAAAAUGCAUUCAUUUACACUUCAUUCUCUGUUAUAAAUAGAGAAAAGGAAAUCGCACAAGUUAUGAAAGAAUUGGAAAAACUUGGCUUUUCUGCUAUUGAUAUUUCACAAAACGAAAUGGCAAAAUCUCAUGGUCGUUACUUGGUUGGUGGCUCUGCAAACUUACCAAAUGAAAGGCUAUUGAAUUUCGAAUUUCCAGAAAGACCAGGUGCUUUAACCAAAUUUUUAGAACAUUUAAAAGGCAGCUGGAACUUGACAUUAUUCCAUUAUAGAAAUCACGGCUCGGAUAUUGGGAAAGUGUUGGUUGGUUUAGAUGUACCACGUGAAGAGGAAGAACAAUUCCAACAAUUUUUACGUGAUAUCAAUUAUAUUUAUACAGAUGAAACAGAUAAUUUGGUUUAUAGAAAAUUUUUGAAACGUUGA